CUCUCUCAUUACGUUUGGAGCACAGUGAUAAAAUGGACAACGCUAAACAACAAUUGUUUCUACCAUUGAAGAUGAAAUUAUAAAUAAUUGAUCAAAUAAUUUUAAUAAUUAUUUUUAUGAAUGAAGAAUUCGCUCAAUAUUUCAACGUCGUACAUUGUGUUAAUUUAACAGUGGUGUUUUAACUAAUAGAUAAUUGAUAGUAAUAGUCCUACAUAAUGCGGUGAUAAAACGAGAACGUUUUUAAUUCCUGUGAGACUUUUUAUUAAUGUGCUACUGGACAAUUUUUAUUAACAAUUCAAUUUUUGCUCAAUUAAAAUGCAAUUCUAUUUAGAGUAAAGAUUAUUUUUACUGUUAAGGUUCAAAGGUCUCUUCUACGUUACGCAUAUUAUAUACAUUAUUAUAUUUUAUUGUUUUUAUUUUAAUUUCAAAGCUUAAAACGAGAAAAAUGAGCCAGUUUCAAAGUACUCAAAUGAUAACCGUUGCUCUAGGAGCAACAAUUGGAGUAAUUGGUGCUGCUAGUUUAUUUAUUUAUCAAAAAAUUAUGGAACACAGGGAACGAGAACAAUUAUUAGAUAACAUAGAAAGUGUUAAUAAAAGGGUAUCUGAACUUCAAAUAGCAUUGGAAAAUUUAAGAGCCCAACAAGAACAAAAACGAAGUAGAAGAUUAAUCAGAAAAAGAGUGACUUCACAGAAUAGUUUUUAUGAAUCUGCUGCCACAGAUAAUGAAGUGGAUGCCAUUUCUGCUACUGAAACUGAUGUUGAUGAUGAAUUUUAUGAUUGCUCAGAUGAUGAAGUUAUUGCUGAAGAUUUAGAGAAUGGGAAAGGAGUAAUAAUGCAAUUGUCACGAGAUCUCAAUGCAUUAGAUGAGAAAAUUGAGAAUGGACAGUACGAAGAAGCUUUAUCUGAUCUUCGAUCUUUAGUCACUUGGCAUGAAAAUAAUAUUGAAGUGGUUUGGAGAUUAGCUAGAGCUUAUGUUAAAAAUGCUUCAGAUUUAACUGAUAAUAAACGCCGAGAAGAAUUGCUUCAAGAAGGUAUCAAAGCAUGCGAACAAUUUCUAGACGAAGAGCACGCAGAUUUGCACAAAUGGUAUGCCAUGUUAGUUGGUUCUCGUACGGAAUACCUGCCUAACAAAGAGAAACUUUUAGCCGGAAAGACAUUUGAAAAGCACGUACGAUUAGCCCUAAAAUUACGGCCUGAAGAUCCAAUCUUAAAUCAUCUAUUAGGAAGAUUUCAAUAUUCAGUAUUAGAAUUGAAUUGGAUUCAGCGAAAGAUUUGCGAAACAUUGUUUGGUGAAACGCCUAAUGCUACCUUCGAUGAAGCAAUAGAGAAUUUGGAGAAGGCAGAAAUGUAUGCAAAGAAACCUGAUAUUGAAAAUAAAUAUUAUCUAGGUCAAUCUUACUUAAAAGUUAAGCAAUACAAAAAAGGUGUUGAAGUUUUAAAAGAACUUUUAAACCUUCAGCCACGUAAUAAAAAGGAAGAAUCAAUGCGAUCUGAAGCAGCUAAUCUCGUCUCAACGUAUUCAAAUUUCUCGUGAUACUUAUAAAUGAAUACUUAAUUGAUAAAAAAAAAAAAAA